AUGUGGCCAAAAUCUGCUGGAGGAAUGACAAAACGGGAACAGAUAGAGAAAAAACAUACUUCGGUAGAAAAUCCGUCGACGAUCUGUUGUCAAGCCGCUUCUGGUCAAUAUUAUUUCAAGAUUUGCUGCAAGAUCUCGAAGUUCGAGCUAACAUUCAGCCUAGCGAAUUGGACAGGGACAUUGACUAAGGGAUGUCACUCUUCGUGA